AUGAGCAAGCGGAGCGGGCUCGGCCGUUUCGGUUCUUUCCUGCUCGGGGCUCUCCUCCCUACCGCCCUGCUCUUCUUCCUCGCCUCCGACAGGGUCGGCGAGCGCUUGACAAGCAUAUCGAGCAUUGGGAAUGGGUAUCAGCUGUUGAACAGCCCGGCUCGACCGGCAAAUAUCACUAGCGACGACGGCGGCUCAGCGCCUGCCGGAGACGAAGAGGAGCAGGACAGGUUUCCCGGGCUGGCUGAGCUGCUGCCGAGGGUGGCCACGGCCGACCGGACGGUGAUCGUGACGUCGGUGAACGAGGCGUGGGCGGCGCCGGGGUCGCUGCUGGACCUCUUCCGCGAGAGCUUCCGGAACGGCGAGGGCAUCGAGCACCUGCUCAACCACACCCUCAUCGUCGCCGUCGACGCCGGCGGGUUCGACCGCUGCAGGGCCGUGCACCCGCACUGCUACCUCCUCGAGGUCAGGUCCGCCAACGUCAGCGCCGCCAACCGCUUCCUCAGCAAGGGCUACCUCGAGCUCGUCUGGACCAAGCUCUCGCUCCAGCAGCGCGUGCUUGAGCUCGGCUACAACUACCUCUUCACGGUCGGCACCUACAAUAACUACCUCGAGCAGCUCUGAAUUGAAUUGAACCCAGCAGCUCUGAACUGAACU